CCAAAUCCCACACCCUCAAGAGUCGUGAAAUGGAGGACCAAGUUCCCUACUUCAACUUCCUUCUCACCCUUCUCUUCUUCAUAGUCAUGGUCUGGAGAAUAUGGAGAAAAUCCGUAAACCAUGGCUGCUCAUCAAAGCUACCUCCUGGACCACGAAAACUCCCUCUGAUAGGAAACCUCCACAAUUUUGUUGGCAUUCUUCCUCAUCACUGCCUAAGAAACUUGGCCAAGAAAUAUGGCCCUAUCAUGCACCUACAACUUGGUGAAGUCUCGACCUUUGUCAUCUCCUCAAUUGAAACUGCUAAAGAUGUGAUGAAAACUCACGACCUCAUUUUCGCUAGCAGGCCAAGUUUCCCUUCCCUGAAGUUACUUACUCAUAACUUUACAAACAUUGAACUUGCGCCAUAUGGAGACUACUGGAGACAGGUGAGGAAGAUUUGCACAACAGAGCUGCUAAAUCCAAUGCGGGUGCGAUCAUUCAAAACAAUCAGAGAAGAGGAGUUGCUCCAUUUGAUCCAUGCAAUGAGGCCUAAAUCAAGGAGGCUGCAUCACAAAGUAGAUGAGAUUCUUGAAAACAUCAUUAUGGAACAUAGAGCUAAGAGAGCUACCGGAUGGACUGAAGCAGAUGAUCUUGUUUAUAUACUUUUGGAUCUUCAGGACCAUGGAGAACUUGAAAUUCCCUUAACAACAGACAAUAUUAAAGCUGUUAUCAUGGAUUUAUUUUCGGGUGGUGGUGACUCAUCAAAUACUGUUCUAGAAUGGGCAAUGGCAGAAAUGCUGAAAAACCCCAUAUGGGAAGAGGAGGACGCAAAGGAACUUAAAAGGAUGAUUGAGAAUGUGACGAUCACACCUGGCCAACCGGACAAAUGGGAAUGGAUUCAUAGCAUCAAUGGUCAUUACUCAACAAAAACAGCUUACUUGAUGUUAGUAAAACAAAGAAGAGAGCUGGAGGAAGCUGAAUUAUUCAAAAGAAUAUGGAGCAAGAUUCUCCCAAGCAAAGUUGCAGCUUUCAACUGGAAAGUAAUGCUGGACAGAAUUCCAACAAAGACAAACUUGCUCAAAAGAGGAAUUGCCAAAGAUACAGAAGAUACAAAGUGUGUUCUGUGUGAGAACGAGGAUGAAGACUCUAACCAUCUGUUCUUGAAUUGCAGUAUAGCUAGAAGCAUGGACCACAAGCUCACGGAUCUCAGAAGGAUGGGAUUGCAUAUGGAACUCAUUUAUUUGGUCAGUAUGGAUGGCCCGAAAUGGAAAGGUGUUCCAGAAUUUGAAGGCCUCCAUGAAUUAAAGUACCUUAACCUUGUUAUCAAAGAAACCUUGAGAUUACACCCUGCUGCUCCUUUGCUGGCCCCAAGAGAAAGUAGAGAGAGAUGUGAGAUUGAUGGAUACGAGAUACCUGAAAAAUCCAGAGUCGUAAUCAAUGCAUGGGCAAUUGGAAGGGAUCCCAAAUAUUGGACUGAAGCUGACAAGUUCUUUCCCAACAGAUUCUUGGAUAGCACAGCUGACUACAAGGGAAGUAACUAUGAAUUUAUACCAUUUGGUGCUGGGAGGAGGAUGUGUCCUGGCAUUUCAUUUGCCACUGCCACUAUUGAGCUCGCAGUUGCAAAUUUACUGUACCAUUUUGAUUGGAAACUUCCUGAUGGAAAGACGUCGGAAGAUCUAGAUAUGACUGAGGUUUUCAGCACUGUGGGAAGAAAAAAAAUUGAUCUAUGCGUAAUUCCCAUUCUUAUCAUCCCACAAAUUGAGUGAUACUUUUGUGGCAUCAAAACACAUGAUUUCUUCAUCUAGUGUGGAUCAAGUUUCUCUUCAUCGGUCUUCCUUUCUUGUCUGUAGACUUGUCGCAAGUUGGCAUGAACUAGUACUCAUUUCAUCCUUCUCUACUUCUUGUGUGGUCUUUGUGCUGUCCGGAGUUCAAAGAUUGUUCUGCCUUUAAAUUCCAUGGAACAGCUAGCUGGAUUUGUAAUUUUAAUUACUUCUUGUAUCUUAUAUGUUAUGAAAACGCUUCUUGCCGAUGAUAAAUAAAAGAAAGGGUUCAUG